UAAAAGAAAAAAACACGAAAUUUUGGCAGUAAUUAGGCGGGAAAUAGUUGAAGGUUUUGUGAAGAUCUCUAAUGGCUUCGAGCUUUCGUCUUCCCUAGCACAUCUCUGCCGUCUUCAGAACUCUGCGUUUACUUCAAAUCGAAGUGUGGUUCUUCAGAGGGAAACCAGUCUCCGUAUAAUUUCCCCAUUUUUAGGGUUCACAGCUCAAAAAUAGUUUUUUUUUCCAUUGUUUGACUUCACAAUGAAUACUUUUUCUCUGAAUUUGGCUGACCCAAUUCGGGACGCAAUUUCAAGGAUACGAUUUGCUCCACAUUCAAACAAUCUGCUUAUUUCUUCUUGGGAUUCUAGUCUACGAUUAUACGAUGUUGAUAGCUCUAAGCUUCGAAUGGAAGCUCCCGGGGAAGCUGAGCUCCUCGAUUGCUGUUUUGAGAAUGAGAGGGUGUGCUUUAGUGCUGCUUCUGAUGGUUCAGUUAACAGGUAUGAUUUGGAUUCAGGUAUUAAAGUCUCAGUAGGAAAUCAUGAUGAUUCAGCAACCUGUGUUGAGUAUUCUGCCGAAACAUGUCAAAUAAUUACUGCUGGUUGGGAUAAAAAGAUAAAUUUUUGGGAUGCUCGUUCAACACAAUCUCAUGGAUGCUUGAGCUGCUUAGUUUCAGAGGUGGAGUCAAUGUCACUGUCUGGAUUAAAUUUGAUGGUUGCUGCUGGGUCCUCAGUUAAUUUAUAUGACAUACGAAGUUUUAAGACUUCAGUUCACACGAAAGGCAUGAAAGUAAAAUGUAUACGGCCAAUUUUUAAUCCUAAAGGAUUUGUUGUUGGAUCAAUUGAUGGGCGAGUUCUUCUGGAGUACAUCUGCAAAUCCAGCUCACAUGAGGGGUACGCAUUUAGAUGUCACCCAAAGGUUAAAGAUGGGAGACGUCAUGUUGUAACAGUUAAUGACAUUGCAUUUAACCCAUCCAUUACUGGUUCAUUUGUUACUGGUGACAAUGAUGGCUAUGCCACCUUGUGGGAUGCUCGAGGAAGGAAACGGAUAUUUGAGAUGUCAAGAUAUCCCAACAGUGUCGUCUCUCUAUCAUAUAGCCAUGAUGGAUUACUUUUAGCAGUCGCAUCCAGUUAUUCAUACCAAGAAGCUAACGAAAUAGAAGAGCCAGCUCAGAUAUUUAUACAUGAAAUAGGGAACUGUGAUCUGACGUCGCCUUCUUCAGGAGCUUCAAACAAAAAAUGACUGCUAAUACACAACUCAGAUUAUGGUUGUUGCUUGUCUUUCCUUAUGUAAGUCAUCUUGUUUACGAGAUACUGUACUUAUCAAACCCUUAUAAUAUUUGGUCUCUGAUCACAAAUUCUGCUCCCCCUCAUUAUUUUCUAUUUUAAGCUAGCUCUUAAACAGCAAAAUCUGCUGGUAACUGUGUACAAGUUGGCUUUUCCUCGCUCACCUUCUGUGAUGGUUAUUUGAUUCUGACUGAUAUUACAAGGAAAGGGACUCAACACAAACUUGGACGCGCUGGAGUGUAGAAUUCCCACUGAUGUAAACAUCAUGUCCAGUUGAUGUAUCGGUGUCUAGCAUAUCGUUUGCUGAGUGGAAUGUAUUUUUUGCUCAUACCAAAAUCUCUUUUGAAUUGAUUGAUUUGAGCCUAGUUUUAUUCAAAUUGAUUUACUCUAUUUCAGAUGGAGCUUUAUAUGUUUUAGCUCCUCACAUGUGUAAUGUGAAGUAACCCAUAUUUUCCUUUCUUCAAGAAUCACAUGUUAUAUUCUUUUGCUUGAAAUAUUUCUUUAAUUAAA